AUGGUGUUGAACAUCAGGCAAAAACAGACAGAAGCCGUUGUGCGCCUCCUACAUCUGAACGCCCCGCAGAACGCGUUAAAGCAUACCGGCGACGACGACCUGUACAAGGUACUGGUGCUGGACUCCUUCACGAAGGCUGUGAUCGCCCCCCUCCUGCGAGUCAACGAGCUGCGCAAGCAUGGCAUCACCAUGCACCUGCUGCUGGAGACAGAUCGGGAGAAGAUCCCGGACACGCCCUGCAUCUACUUUGUGCGCGCCAGCGAGGAGGCUGUCAGGCGCAUAGUGGCAGAUGCCUCGGCUGGUCUCUACAACUCCCUGCACCUCAAUUUCACUCCCCAUCUGCCCAAGCCCCUCAUGGAGCAGCUGGCAACAGGCAGCGUGCGCGCGGGGUGCCCGCAGCGCAUAGCCAAGGUGUUUGACCAGUACCUGUCCUUCAUAGCCCUGGAGAGCCGGCUGUUCUCACUGGGCCUGCCAGACACUUACCUGCUGCUGAAUGACCCCAAGGCACAGGAUGUCCAAGUCCAGUCUGCGUCGGAGGCCCUUGUGGAUGGCCUCUUCUCGGUCCUGGUCACUCUCGGCGUUGUGCCCAUCAUCCGCUGCCCCAGGGGCGGCGCGGCGGAGUUUGUGGCGCAGCAGCUGGACGCGCGGCUGCGGGAGCACCUUCGCGCGCGCAACAACCUGCUGACGGAGGGAACGCCUGGACUGUCAGCCUCCCUCUCCCGGCCCCUGCUCUGCCUCUUUGACCGCAACUUUGAGCUCUCCGUGGUGCUGCAGCAUGCGUGGACAUACAAGCCGCUGGUGCAGGACGUGCUGGGGCUGAGCCUCAACAGGGUGGGCGAGGGUGAUUUCUUCUGGGACGAGAACGGGCGCAGCCAGUUCCCCAAAGUCGCCGAGGAGGUUGACGCGCAGCUGCAGAAAUACAAGCAGGCGGUGGCGGACCUGAACCGGCAGACGGGCGCGAACGUGGACCCGGCAGCGGAUCCGGGGGACCUCAUGCAGAGCAACGCGCGCGGAUUGAUGGCGGCCGUCUCUAGCCUGCCGGAGCUGACCGAGCGCAAGCGCGCCAUCGACAAGCACAUGAACCUUGCCACCCACAUGCUCAAGGAGAUCACGACGCGCGGACUGGACCAGUUCUACAACACCGAGGAGGACUGCCUCGUGAAGAAGGCCGACCUGCCCACCAUCCUCAAACUGCUGCAGGGCACAAAGGGAACGCCUGAAGACAAGCUGCGGCUGGCGCUGGUGUUUCUGCUGACGUGCGAGGCGCUGCCCUCGGACGGUGACUACGAGCGAGUCACCACCGCGCUGGCAGCCGCGGGGGCCGACACGUCAGCGCUGGCCUACGUCCGCCGCAUGCGCCGCCUCAACCUCACCGGACGAGCGGGUGGGGCCACAGCGACCGGGGCGGCGGGCGACGGCGCGUUGGCGGGCCUGGCGGGGCAGAGCCACCUGCUCAACUGGGCUGACAAGACCUUCGGCCAGGGGCUGUCGUCGCUGACUAAGGGCGUGAAGGUGCUGCUGGCUGGAGAGCAGCAGGCGGCGGUGACUGUGGCUGUGGAAGGCCUGAUGGACGCCAAACCAUCGCCCGAGCUGGACUCCUUCCUCACCUUCGACCCCAAGGCCGCCCCUGGCCGAGCAUCAAAGGCAGCCGGCCCGCACAAGGAGGCAAUAGUCUUCAUGAUUGGGGGCGGGAACUACCUCGAGUAUGAGUCACUCACCACCUGGGCCGGGCGCGCAACACCCCCAAAAUCAGUCAUCUACGGGGCAUCGGACCUGCUUACGGGUGGCCAGUUCGCGGCGCAGCUUGCCGAGCUCGGCCGCCGCAGCGGCGUCUGA